AGCGCGCAGGCGCAGUCCGCGGCUAGCGCCUCCGCCGACCAUGGCUGCAGGCUCCCGGGUGCUCCCGCUGGUGCUCUGCCUGGGGCUCGGCGCGCUGGGAUUCGCGUCGGGGACCUCGGGCGUCCGCCGGCGAGGUCCUUUGGUGACGGCCAAGGUCUUCUUUGAUGUGAAGAUUGGAGACAAAGACGUGGGCAGAAUUGUGAUUGGCCUCUUUGGAAAAGUUGUACCCAAGACUGUGGAAAAUUUCAUCGCUCUAGCAACAGGAGAGAAAGGCUAUGGAUACAAGGGAAGCAGCUUUCACCGUGUCAUCAAGGACUUCAUGAUCCAAGGAGGGGACUUCACCGCGGGAGACGGCACUGGCGGUGUGAGCAUUUACGGCGAGACGUUCCCGGACGAGAACUUCAGGCUGAAGCACUACGGCAUCGGGUGGGUCAGCAUGGCCAAUGCGGGGCCGGACACCAAUGGCUCCCAGUUCUUUAUCACCCUGACCAAGCCCACCUGGCUGGAUGGCAAGCAUGUGGUGUUCGGAAAAGUCCUUGAUGGGAUGACAGUGGUGCACUCCAUAGAGCUCCAAGCAACUGAUGGGCAUGACCGGCCGCUCACCAACUGCUCCAUCCACAACAGUGGCAAGAUAGAUGUAAAAACACCCUUUGUGGUUGAGGUCGCUGACUGGUGACACAAUGACAGCAAACCAGAUACUCGGCAGGGUUUGUCUCUGUGUAUAGACAGGACUGUGCCUUUUAAUUCUUCAAUUACUGUUUUUCUUCUUCCUUCUUUUUUUUCUUAUUUUUUAACUUUCUUUUAAUUUCCCACUCUAGUUGACAAGGGAUUUAAAAAUCAAUCACUCGAUAUUUACUUUGCAUGAAUUUUGGUAAAUCACUUGUUUAGGGACUUUAAACUGAAAAAAAGACAAACCCCUUCUACUAUUGGUGCUAUUUUUAAAUUUGAAAAUUUUGUGGUGACUAUUUACUUUUUAAGAACAGUCAUUUCUUUGUUUAAUAGGUUUAUUCCACAUUGAAUGAAGCUAAAGUUUGUUGUUUUUAAAGAUUAGGGCCUGAAGUUUAUUGUUUUGUAUUCAAACAGUUCUUUUCAAGUAAAGAGAGAUUGGAUUUAUUUAAUUGGAUAUAUGUCAUAGAUACUUUUCCUGACAAAAGGUGCUUUGAUGUUCUCUAUAUUAAAUAUUUUUAUGUGGCUGA